AUGGAGGAGCUUGAGAGUUUUGGAUCCCAAGAUUUGGUAGAAGUGGCCAAGUUGGAUCCAAACAAAUCAGUUGUGAAGAAUGAAACUGGGAAACACAGAUGGAACAUUAUGUUUUGUUUUGCUUUCAGGAUUCUUCAAGGGACAGCACCAUACAGGCCAGUAUACAUUCUGGCAGGAAAACCUUGCUCUGGCAAGACAACUCAUCUCAUUCCAGCAUUGAUCAAUGCACUAGGAAAUUUUCCAGUGUAUAAACUUGACAUUUUCUCCCCUGAGGCUGCCACCAGACCAGAAGAUGAAUGCAUUCAGGUUUUCCGUGCAGCUAAGAGGGAAGUACCAAGUAUUUUGUACAUCCCAGGUAUUGACCAUUUCUGGUACUCUGCAUCACAUACGUUAAAACUUGUGUUCAGAAGACUAGUACAAGAGAUCGAUCCCUCACUGCCACUUUUGUUACUAGCAACAUGUGACUCAGAUCCAUAUGUGCCACUUCCAUUGCUGACAAUACGUGAUGCAGAUGGUGAUGAGUUACCACAGGAGCUAACAGCCUCCUUCCCCGGCACAGAACACCCCUGCAUUUUUAAGGUUGAGAUCCCCAGCAAAGAAGACAGAGAAAUGUUUUUCCGGCUAUUACUCGGACUACCUGAACUACCUUCAGUUAGCAAAACAGGUUUGUCUGUAAUAUAG